CCACUUUUGCCGCCAAAAAUAAAUUGCUAGUUUUUAUUUACAAAAACAGCACGCUGAAAAAGUAAAGACAACGAAUGGACGUGGAAUUAAAGCAGCAGUUCGACGAGAUGGGCGUGGAGCCGGCGGACUCCGUGCUGGAAAGGUGCGUGGAGCUGGCCAUUUCGUACAACAUCCACGACGCCACCGAGUUCGUGGAGCAGUGGAUGGCCUUCAGUCUGUCGCACCUCCAUGGCGAGGAUCCUGCGCUGGAGAACCUGGGCGACUUCGAGCGCAAGGUGCUGCAGCUGCGCAAGGACAAGAUGGGCUCCAAGGCAUCCGCGGUGAAGUCCAAGCCCUAUGCUCCUUCCUCUAUCCAGGACACAAGCUCGUUGGCCAGCUAUGGAGUGAUGGAGGACGAUCCCAUGAUUGACGACUAUGUCGGGGAAUCAACAAUGGAUACCUCCUCCGCCCUUCACACACCCAAGGCUAAGAAGGAUUCGGUUCGUAACUCCAACCUUAAGGGUGGCGUGCUCUUCAGCCCGGCCAGCUACACGCCCCAAUCUGCCAAAAAGAAUCCAGCGGCGGGAACACCAACCACAUCAGUGGCUGGCAAACCCGGCGACGUCGUGGACUCUUUUGGGCACCCCAAACUCCUGGCUGGCUCCAGCUGGCAGACGCAAAUAGAGCACACAGUGCCUGUGACCCAGAAAUUGCUGCACAAGAACGCCCCGCUGACCAUUGCCAAUCUGGGCUACAUGAACGACCUGCUAGGCGACCGAUGUGACGACCUGCACGACCGCGUCGAUGAUACUGGACGGGCGCUGGUGGAGAAGAAGCUGGGAGAAGCAGGCGCCGCCGAGUGCAGUUGGUAUCCGCAUGAUAAACAGGCUCUACAGGCGGCAGGUGGACUCCACGCUGUGGGAAUGAUUCACUCGGAGGACGAUGGCCCACUGGAUGCCCACUCCGCCUUUUUGGUCGUCAUCGAUGACGACACGUAUGAGGCUAAGGACACAUCCCUCACGCUCAACUUCUCCAGAGUCAAGUCGGCCAGCAUCUUUCCCGGGCAAGUGGUGCUCGCCAAGGGGUUCAUACCCAAGGGCAAGACUUUCGUGGUGGAAGAGAUUCACACGGAACGCAAACUGACGCCAGUCACACCUCUUAAGGUCGACCGAGAGCUCCAGUUUGUGGUGGCCGCCGGACCCUUCACAGACAGCACGGAUCUGUUUUACGAGCCGCUGCACGACCUGCUCAAAUACAUCAAGGAGCACAGGCCCGAUGUGCUGGUGCUCACGGGUCCCUUCCUGGAUGGGGAUCACAAGAUGGUCUGCGAAUUGGCCGAGACCUUUGAUUCCUUUUUCGAGAAGAUGAUCGGUGGGAUAAUGGAAGCGGUUGGGAGCCACACUGCAGUGCUGGUGGUCAGCAGUCAGAAGGACGCCAUGUCACACUCUGUUUAUCCCACACCGCCGCCAACUCUCCGCAGAAACUAUCCGAAUUUACACAUGCUGCCCGAUCCCUCGAUGGUUGAUCUGGAUGGCAUCACACUGGGCAUCACCUCCACCGACGUGGUGGAUCAUUUGCUUAGCCACGAGUUCGCUGCAAAUGCUGGCGAGCGGAUGCACAGAGCGAUCAACCACUUGUUCCACCAGGGCUCCUUUUACCCCCUGUAUCCGCCGGCGGACGAGGACAUGGCCUACGAUUCCCAGCUGGCACUCAAGUACGCCCAGCUCAAGCAGCUGCCAAAUGUACUCAUCCUGCCCGGCGAUCAGCGGCACUUCAUCCGCCUGGUCAACGAUUGCCUGGUGAUCAAUCCUGGUCGCCUGUCAGACAAGAAGGGCGGCACUUUCGCCCGGUUCCUGGUGGCUCCCUCUGCUCCCGGUAAGGCGGCCAACAUGUUCAACAGUGUGGCGUGCCAAGUCCAACGUAUAUGAAUUACACAUGCCAAAAUAGAUCACCAGCCAAGUGCCCACUUACUGGACCUGAACAAUCAAUGGCUUUGCAGGGAUAGGGCUAUCAUUAUGUUUUCAGUAUCAUUAAGAAGGGUAACAACAAGUACAAUUUAAAUUAUAACAAACAAUAACUAAUGUUAUUUUUAAUAUUAUUACAUUUUUAUGCCCGCUACUUCUAAAUAUAAAUAUAUUUUAACAACUAAA